UCUUCAUGUUAUGUUCAAGUUAUUGGGACUGCAUUUAGUUAGAAUAAUUAUUUGCUCGCGGACAGUAGUGAUAUAAGAUAUAAGAAAAUGGAUUAUAUAUUUACAAUUUUGGCUUUUUGCGUUGCACUAGCAGCCGCCGAAUCUCCAGCUAUCAGCAAGCAAUACCGCUCAGAUUACACCUAUGACAGAAAUACCGACUCCUUCUACAAGAUGCACACAGAGCAGGCCUCGACCGAACGCGCGCACAGCACAUGCCGGGCCGAAGGCGCGCGGCUUAUGUCGCCGGAGUCCGAACAAGAUCUAGCACUGAUACACGGCAUGUUUAAAAAGUUCCCGGAUAUCGGGAGACUGGUGCUUGUAGAUGGGAAUGGGGUCGGUCACGAUGAGGCUGAUGAGGACGAGGAACCCAUUAUUAAAAUGGAAGAAGAAACCGACUACGGACCACGACGCCGGUGCGAAGUAGUGAAUAGGGAAGGACAGAUUGAGAGCUCCCUGUGCUACUUCGAGCUGCCGUUUAUAUGCAAAGUGAACGCCAAGGACGCCCCUUACAACGAGGAAUGUGGGACUUAUUCUAAUGAUUACGUAUCCAAGAUCUCUCUCACUGGCAGCUGCUACCGGAUAGCCAGUAUAAAAGCUAACUGGAACGAAGCAUAUGCCAACUGCCAAGCGGAGGGGGGCCACUUGGCCAUCUUGAACAACGAGGGCGAGUUCGAAAUCGUCAAGGGUCUGCUGGACAAAACGCCCAGGAGUAUUGAGGAUUGGCAAUUCUUUGUUGGCGUUCGUGCGGAGGAGAAGAAGUCUCCGAUAAUAUUUAGAACCAUUUUCAAUCAAACUCUAGAGCAGGUCGGGUACGCGCCCUGGGACAACAAUGAACCUAACAACUCUUUCGGCAUCGAGUACUGCGUGUCGCUCCUCAGAACCACGGGCAAAUACAACGACACCGUGUGCCGUAACCGAUACUCGUACGUCUGCGAGAAAGAGCGCAGUGUUUGAAUAGUGUAUUUCGUCAUUAAUGUUAUUAUUAUUACCAGACAUUGUAAAUUUUAUAGCAUUUUCGGUGCAGCGGAGUGGUGUUAACGGAAUUGGUAUAAACAAUUUCAACCCUAAUUAUUAAUUAGCGUUAAUUACGUUAAUAUUAACUUAAAUUUACCAUUUCAGUUGGAAUUAUCUAAACCAAUUCCGUUAACACCACUCCGCUGCACCAAAAAUGCUAUAAAAUGUACGAUGUCUUAUUAUUACUGCUCAUUUAGUCUAUAGUAUGAAAAAAAAAAUUAUCAAUAGAAAAAAAGCGCAUUUUUAAAAAUGUUAUAGUUCUGGCCCUCGCUCGCGCGUACUCGUACAGUUCCUUUCCCGCCAUUCUACUGACAAGAAAGUGGCUUCUCAUUC